AUGGAUCCAAGUAUAGAAGACAUCGAGGAAGAGCAAAGGCAUUUCGCCAAUGUGAUCAGCACAUUCAAUAACUAUGCCCAAUUCACAUUAUCUGCAAACAACCGUCGAAGGAAAGACGUCUAUAUCUUGCCCAAGGCCGAUCAAGACCUUUUGGAGGGUUUGGGAUACAAGGAAAAACUCGAGGCCGUCGACAAAGCCAUCAUCGCCAAUGCCGACUUUCUGCACCAAAUGGUAGAUGAUCCAAGGAUCUUCGGCCACGAAAUAGACGACGACGAGGACCAUUCCGAACCUGCGCCUCACUCGCAUAGUCAUGAUGCCGGAACAUCGCACUCCCAUUCACACUCCCACUCGCACGCGCAGCCGCAACCUGGACACUCGCACUCCAAUAGUGGGCCCACGAGAGGAAAAUACCGGCCGACAGAAGCAGACAUGGACAAAUUGCGAAGUACUCUGAAACAACUCGUGCGCGAUUGGAGUGAAGAGGGAAGGUCGGAACGGGAAGUGUGUUAUAAGCCGAUCAAAGACGCUCUCGUGAAGCAUUUUGCGAAAGUUCCGCCAGAAGAAAGACGCAAUUUGAGAGUGCUGGUACCCGGGUCUGGCCUUGGGCGUCUGUCAUUUGAUGUCGCUCAAAUGGGCUUUGCCUGCCAGGCGAACGAAUUCUCUCACUACAUGCUUCUGGCGUCGUAUUUCAUCUUGAACAAGACUGACCAAGUCAAACAACACACCUUUUACCCAUACGUUCACUCGUUCUCCAACGCUCCUAACCGCGAGUCGAUACUCCAAGCCAUAUCAAUUCCAGACGUCCGGCCGUCCGAUCUGCCAGCCGGUUCAGACUUUUCGCUAGUUGCUGGCGAUUUCGAAGAGAUCUUCGCCAAUCCAGACCAAAAGGGACAAUGGAAUGCAAUACUCACUUGCUUCUUCAUCGAUACUGCCAAAAAUAUCGUCAACUAUCUACGCAUUCUCCACGAAAUUUUGGCGCCAGGAGGCGUCUGGAUCAAUGUCGGGCCGUUGCUAUGGCACUGGGAAAACAACAACUCAAACGACCCCUCAGUGGAAUUAGACAUGGAGGAAGUUAAGGCUCUUGCACGGAAAAUAGGUUUUGAGAUCUCCAAUGAAACCACGAUUGACACCACCUAUACCAACAAUGCCAAAAGUUUGCUUGGUUACGUCUAUCACGCUGCUUUCUGGACCGCAACCAAAAUCUGA